AUGGUGGAACUCAGAUCCGGAUCAGCUGCAAGUUCCGAGAACACCAACGCGGAAUCUGUCCCUGGUGUUAACGCUCAUUCCAGCGGCAUCACUACACCACCUACUGGUCCCAGCAGCACUGAAAGCACUCCUUCAGGCGUUACACCGCCAGUCACGAGGGCCAGAGCUGCCGCUACCACCCCUAAUACUUCGUCAAGCAUGGCGCCUCCAACCGCCACUAGGAUUCCAGUUACCCCACCAACGGAACGAGAAACCAGAGGAGCCAGAGGGAGCCGACCCUAUAUCACUAUCACUGAUUUGAUGGAACGACAUGAGGUUCUUGCUAGAUCCCAGACGGACAUGGUCCCGACUCAGAAAGAAGUACUCGUCUUUCUCAAGGCCCUGAAAGAACGGCUACCGCAGGAGUCACGCCAUCCAAAGCCGAUGGAAACGCCUCCAACACCCUUGGCGCCGGCACCUCAGCAGAGCGCAUCUCCGCGGACGAAGAGAUUCGUGCCAGAACCCCAAUGGAGAAAAAUCAGCCAUCCAAUUUUGUCACACGAGAGGAUUUGGAGCAACUUCUUCGGAAUCGAGUCAAAAGUGAUGAAAUAG